UCUAUAAAUUGGCGGGAUAAUAUGUGUAAAAGUAGAAAGUUGUGAUAAAAAAAUAAAAAUUAAUAUCUUUUAAAAUGAAAUUACGUUGCCGAAUAUCUCCACAAGAACGAGAAGAAGAAGAAAAACGAAUUAAAUCGGAGAAAGAAAAAAUCGCAAGAAUGAAAGAUGCCAGACCUUUUAUAAAAUUUACUGGAAAAAUUAUAUAUCACACCGAUUUAAUAGAUAUAGCUUUAAUAAGUGAUAAUUUAUUAGAAAAAGCGAGUGUUUCUAGUGAUUCUUUUGUUAUUGGGUUCGAUAUGGAAUGGCCAUUUUCAUUCAAAACUGGCCCCGGUAAAACUGCAACAAUACAAUUAAGUUGUGACGAAUUAACGUGCUACAUUUUCCAUGUGAGUCAAAUUAAAAAUCUACCGAAAAGCCUAAGUGAAUUAUUAGUGCAUCCAAAUGUUAAAUUAAUAGGUAACAACAUAAAAAAUGACAUAAGAAAAUUAGCGAGGGAUUUUAAAGGUUUCGAUGGUGAUAAAAUAGUAAAUAACUGUUUGGAUUUAGGUGUUUUAGCAAACUCUAUUCUUUCUCGUUCGGAAAGGUGGAGUCUUGAGAAAUUAGUAGAUCAGUUGUUGGAUUUGAAAAUUGACAAAGACAAAAAAGUUCGAAAUAGCCAAUGGCAUGUUAUUCCUCUAUCAAAAAGACAAAAAGAAUACGCGGCUACCGAUUCCUACGCCUCUAUUCUACUAUAUCAGACUUUAAAAAACCGAGAAAUUGAAAUGAAUUCUUGUAUUUCCUCUAUUUAAAUACUCACUAAAUCUUUUUUAUUUCUUAUUAUCUAUAAACUUUAUUCAUUGAUUUUUUUUCAAUUAAUAUAAAAUAACAAUUUAUUUCAUAGUUUACACUAUGCUGGGCAUUGUAUACUAAAAUUUUUAUAGAAAUUUGUACAUAUGUAACACUAACUGUAUAUCACAUAAAUUGAUUUAUUUUUUUCCCAUAUUUAUUCUGUGAAAACGUGAUAACUUCCUCAAAUAUCAAAAAACUGAGUCAUUGGGUUUUUAUUGGAUUUUUUUAUAAAAAUAAAUGAUUCCAAAACUUUAUUACAAAACAAUGCCUCUUCUAUAGAAAUAUUGAUUGUUGAACUCAAUUUAAUUGCCUAAAUUGUGUGAUUUUUAAUUCUAGUUCAUUUUAAGUACUGUCGACGUGAUUAGCUAGAUAUCACAACUAAUUACUUACUAAACUAAGACCACUAUGACGUCAAUAUUGGGUCGAUAGCCCCGCCCAAUGUCAAAAUGUAAUGUUAAAGUAAUACUUUCUGUGUCUUCCUUGUAUAAAUGAUUUAAGUCUGAUUUUUAUCAUAAAAAAACAAUUAUUUUUCAUUCAAUAUCAUAUUUAUUUAAUGUCAACACAUGAUUUGAUAUAUAAUUGUACAAAAAUUUAAAUAAAAAUAGCAAUUUACGUUCUAAGACUGGUCGGACGUGAUUAUGGUUUAGUUAGUCCCGCCUACUGUCGUUUUAUGUCAAAACGUCUAUUAAUUUCUAUACCUUCCUUGAAUAAUUUAUGUAUGUGAGAUUUUUAUCUUAAAAAAACUUCAUUUUUUAUUUAUUUAUUGUUUAUAUAUUUUUACAACAUAAAAUAAUAUAUAAUUAUACCUUUGGGACGACGAUAUGGCGUCGUUAGCCCCGCCCACUGAAGUUUAAUGUCAUAUGUCUAUUACUUUCUGUAUCUCCAUUGUAUAAUUGAGGUAUGGGGAAUUUUAUCACAAAAGAACUUUAUUUUCCAUUUAUUUGAUGUUUACACAUUUUUAUAACAUAAAUUUAUAUAUAUAAUUGUAAAAUCAAUGGAGUAAAAGUAGCAUCUUGUCUUUUUAAGAUCGUUUAGAUGUCAAUAUGGCGACGUUAAUCCCGCCCUCUGUUGUUUAAUGUCAUAAGUUUAUUACUUUUUGUACCUCCCUUGUAUAAUUUAGGAAUACGGGAUUUUAAUUAUAAAUAAAUCGUUAUUUUUAUAUUUAAUUACAUAUUUAUUGUAUUUUUACAACUUAAAUUAAUAUAUAAUUAUACAAAAAUCAAAA